UGGUGCUCUCCUCCUCUUAAGGAGCAGCAGCCGGUCCGGAUGCUCGGCACAUCCCGGGCUGCAGGAGCGGAGUGCGGACUACAGAGAGCUGCUGCUGCCGUGUUGAGGUCCGCUGUCAGCCUGCAGCCAUUGGACUGCUAAAAGCCUAAUCAACAACAAAGGAAAGCAACAAGACAGACAAACGCGGGUGGCGCUGUGCUGGACAGACCAUGUUUCUCUCCCGGAGUCUCCUGCUGGCGUUCCUGUUCUCCGCCCUCAUGUUGUCGCACGGUGCUGAGCCCGGAGCUCCUCACGGUAAGAGGAGACAGAGCUCAGCGGGCGGCAGCAACGCCCUGCAGCACCCCCUGCAGGGGCCCCAGGGCCGACACUACAGCAGGGAGCGCGGCGGGCACAGGGGCCAGGGGGCCCGCGCCGGCAAAGGUGGAGCUGGUCUGCUGUCCCACAGACCGCUGCACCCCCUGGCCCGGCCCGAGGAUGACGGGACAGGCCUGGAGAGUUUGGGCCCGGUGAGGCUGGAGAUGGGCCCCAGCAGAGACAGAGCCAGGAUGAGUGGGAAGAGUCAGGCGCAGAGCCGGGACAACCAGCUGCUGGGGACACGCAAAGGAAGGGGACAUGGACAUGGCAAUGGUCACGGACACCACUUUGAGCACAGGAGACAAGGGAGUCGGCGGGACAAAGAGCGGCAUGGCAAAGGAUUUCUCCCGGAGCCUGAGCUGAGCUCUGCGUUUAAGGACAGGGAUCUGUUGGAGGACCCUCCCUCCAUCUCCUCUGUUGCCUCCCCCUCCCUCAGCAUGACCCCGCCCGAUGAAACCCCCUCCCCCAUCGCCGCUGUCUUUGGCUCUGGCUCCUCCAUGGUUACCACGGUGAUGAACGAGCAUCCCCCAACGCUGCCCCCAGCCUCCACCAAACCCCAGCGGUCUGGAAAGGGUAAAGGAGAGGGAGAUGUGAUGCCAACGCUGGACAUGGCACUCUUUGAUUGGACAGACUAUGAGGACAUGAAGCCUGUGGACACCUGGCCCGCCUCCAGGAAGAAAGACAAGAGGCGGAGUAAGAACCUCAGCAGUGGGAAUGUGACUGUGGACGCUGACACCAUCGAGCCGUGUGAUCACCACCUGGACUGUCUGCCAGGUUCGUGUUGUGACUUGAGACAACAUGAGUGCCAACCUCACAACAGAGGCCUCAACAACAAAUGCUACGAUGACUGCAUGUGUGAGGAUGGGUUUCGCUGUUAUGCUAAAUUCCACCGGAAGCGGCGUGUGACUCGAAGAAAGGGGCGCUGCGUGGUGCCGGAGUCCGUCAGCAGCGACCAGGGUGGCUUCAUCACCAUCUGAGGAGGAGGAGGAGGAGGAGGAGGAGGAGGAGGAGGAGGAGGAGGAG